AUGGUCAAUGCCGCACUGUCGUUCAUUAUUUUUACCUUCCAUCGUUUUUUUGUGCCUCUCUCUGGAGCUGUAGGUAUGCCGCCGACCCCAUUACGUUUGACGCUGUUUUCGCCAUUGUUGCUUUUCUUGCUGACAGCUGGAACAGUGUGUGGGACGCCAGGCACGGACUACAUACAGGUUCAUUCGGUUUUCCCCCCCAUUUUGCGGAACUUCUGGGAGCAUGGCAUGCGGUUUUGGUCUUUUGGACUCAACACCGUCGUGACGGAUAACUACAUUCGUCUGACGGAAGGUAGGCGCAACGUCAGUGGCUACAUUUGGAAUCGGCACUCCAACCGUAUGGAGGCUUUUGAACUGAACGCCACACUGCAGGUCCAGAGGCACCAUCGUGACUCGCAAACGACCGCGUCUGAGGGCAGUGGUAUGGCCAUCUGGUACACUACGGUUGACCGAUUUACUCGCAAUGAGACUCAAUUUUUUGGCUUCCGGCCGUCCUUUACGGGCGUUGGAGUCCUGUUGACUCAUGCUGAUGAAAUCUCUUUGGUUGUUAACAACGGUACUACCACCAUAGACACCCAGCACCUGACACGUAAACGACACGGUUACUGCCGCGUGCCACGCCUCGGGUCUGAGCAUCUGACUAUUACACUUCAGUACACUAACCAAACUUUCCGUGUGCUGUACACAGUGCACUUCACCAAGAAGGGGCGUGAACAAGAUACUUGGGGCGCUCCUCACAGCACUGUCCUCUGUACCACUGGGCCUGCACCUCCGCUGGACAGCAGCUAUUAUUUUGGUGUCACCGCCGCAAACACAGGUUUGAGCCAAGCAGCCCAUGAACUCCGCAGCAUAAUCAUGACUCCUCUUUCCAAUAUAACUCAUCAUGCGGAGGAGGAGAGCCUCGCGGCGCAGGCUCGCCUCUUUAAGGAGGACAACAAGGUUACACAGGAGUUAAGUGACUAA